UUAAAUUUGUUGUCAACGGUAAUUCAACAACUUUUUAACUUUUAACGGACGCCAAAUUGUAAGAUACUUUAUAAUUUAGAAUUAUAAUAAACGUGAAACAAAUAUAAGACAAUAAGACAGUGUUCUAACUAAAUAUUAUCGUUAAAAUGGAGAAUCCAUUAUGGGAACGCGUUCUAAUAGAUUGGGUAAAUUGUUUAAAACUUUCUAAUCCCAUUCAGAAACUCGACGACCUCAGAGAUGGUUUAUUCUUUAGUAACCUUCAUAAAUUAACAAAAAAGUCGUCAGACACCGAUUGUGAUAUACUAACAUAUAUUUUUGAUGUUUUAAACGAACACUAUUCCGACUUUAUUAUACACAAUAAAACCAUUAUACAUCUUAGUGAUCUCCCCAAAGAUGAUCUAUGUGCUAUUACUUCACUUUUGAUGCACUACACGAUUAUGCAUGACCGAAGAGAUGUACUAACAUCUCCACUUUGUUACAAUCUUCAAGAAUUUACCCAAAUCAAAAUCCGGAGCUUUCUGGAAAAGGUACAAGACAACGUAAACCAUGCCGAACUUGCCAGGAUAAUAAAUAGUUGUAUAGAAGACAAUAGAAAUUAUAACUUUAUCUCUAGUCCUUUGCAUACUUCACGUAACAGUCCUCUACAUGAUGUGUUGAAGACUCCUGCUGUAAAGAGCACUAGGUUGUUUGAAAGAGAUAAAGAAAUAGCUAAAUUAAAAGCAAAUUUAGAAUUGGUUCAAGAAGAGAAAGAAAUUGCGGAAAAGGAUCUCCAGAGUCAAAUUGAAAGGAAUAAAAAGUUGGAAAAACAAUUGGGCCAAAAAACCGUAGAGAUAUCAAAUCUAAGGAGCGAGGUCCUUGAAUUAGAAAAUAGGACUCCACCACACUACAGGGAUAAGGAUUACAGGGAAAUGCAGAAAAUACUAAGGACCAAAGUCGAUAGUCUUGAACAAAUCCUAGAACAAAGUGAUAAAGAGAACCUAGAAUUAAGAGAAGAGAGAGAUAAAGAAAGAGCACAGGUAAAACAGCUAGAAAGCCGUUGCAAGACUUGGUUAGAAAAAUUCAUAGAUGCUGAUAACAACUUGACAUCAAUUACAGAAAACUAUAAGGAACUACAAUUAAAAAAUGAGAAUCUACAGGAACAUUGCCGGGAACUUGAAGCUUUGCUUGAUGAGCUCAAACCAAAAGCAAUUAAUGACACUAUCAUAGAAGAAAGUUUUCAAACUCUAUCUCGUAGAUCGAGAAGCUUGGGAUCUCAGAGCGAAGGGGAAGAUCUAGCUCAUUCGGUAAUAGAUGUUCAACUGAAAGAGCUUCAAAAGGAAAAUCAGGCCAUCAAAGCAAACUUAGACCAUGAACAGAACAAUUGUAAUCAACUGAGGGAUGAAAUCGACACUCUUACCUUAGAGACUUCUGUGCUAAACGGCGAAAAAAUUCAAUUAGAACUUGAGCUUCAAGCAGCAAAUGGUAAAAUUGAAGAGUUUACUAUGAAUUACCAAGAGCUCCACGAAAACUGGAAAAUUUUGACACAAAAUAAAAAUUUCCUUGAAGCAGCAAAAGCUGGUUUGAUAAACGAAAAUCAAAAUAUGCAAAAAUCUAUCGAAAAGCUUACAAAUGAUGCAGGGGAGCUGUCGAAACUUCUAGCGAAAUGCAAAGAAGAAAAAGAUCUACUUGGAGAAACAAUAAACAAUUUAACAGCCAGUAAACAAUUAAUAGAAACAGAAUUUAAAACAAUGAUAAAUGAGAAAACAUCAAUUGAGGAUUGUUUGACAGAGACUAUUUCAAAAUUGCAUUUAUCUUCCAUGUUGAACUCUGAAUAUUUGGAAAAACUGAAUAUUGCGAAGACUGAAAGGAACAAUCUAGAAGAAGAAAUUCGCAACUUAAAAAAUAACAAUGAACAUUUAUUAAAAACAUAUCAGGAAUUAAAUAUGCAGUUCGAAACGGUCAACAAUAAUUUGGUGGAUGUAUCAUCAAAAUUGGAAGAAUCGUCUGAGUUAAACAAGAAAUUAGAACAAAAGAUUCAUGAAUUAAACACUGAAUUACAAAAUUUGACAAAUAAAUCAGAAGAUCUAAGCAACGAGAAGAAAGAUAUUCUUGAACAACUAAAAAAUAAAUGUACGAUAGUUGCAGAAUUAUCUUCUUCCAUACAAGAGCUACAAAACGAUAAAUUGACUCUUACUGAGGAAUUAGGUACAGUUAUUUCUGGCAAUGAGGCACUUUUGGAAGAAGUAGACAAAACCAGACAAGAGCUACACCAAGUAUUAGUUGAAAAAGAUGAACUAUUACAAAGAGAACAGGAAGAAAAAUUCGAAAUUGAGCAGAAAUUCAAAAAUGCAGAGAUACAGCUAAGUGACAAAAUUGAUGAUAACACCCGAUUGAAGAAAACAUUAGAAGACAUCGUAAAAGCCAAAGAAGAUUUACAACAACAAUUAGAUACUACAAAAACUGCCUACGAUAAGUUAAUGCUUGAUAUAAUCGAUUUAAAUGAUGAAUUAACUAAAAUGACAGAAGAUAGAAAUAACGUUAUACGUGAAAAGGAGAAUAUUUCUAAUACUCUCGAUACUUUGCAAAUAUCUCUUGUUAAAGUUCACGAUGAAGCACAUAUUCUAUCUGUGGAAUUGGAAAGCAGUAAAGAAAGCUUUGGACAACUUCUCACAUUAAAGAACGAUAUUGAACAGCAACUGCAGGCAGUGGUUAGUGAAAAAUGUGGAAUGGAAACUGAAUUAAAAGAAAUUUCUUUGAAAUUGGAAGAAUGUUCUGUUUUAAAUUCACAGUAUUUGGAAAAGCUUACAGCUGCAACUAACGAGAAGGUUGCUAUAGACGCAGAAAAACAAGAAUUGAUAAAUAAAUGUAAGGAAUUAGGUGACAGUAACAAUGUAAUAUCUAAAGAAAAGGAAGAUGUUUUGACUGAAUUGGAAAACAAAUCUCAGUUAAUUAUUGAGAUGUCUUUUAAGCUAAGUGAAUCUGAAGAAGAAAAUACAGAGAUUAAAGAAAACCUUGAUAAAACACUUGCAGAAAAGGUCCAACUGAAUGAAAAUUACGAAUCUGUAAAACUUUUGCUGGACCAAACAAUUUCUGAAAAAAAUGUUUUGGACGAAGAAUUAACAAAAACAGUAAAUCAAAAAGAUGAGAUUUUGAACGAAAAAAAUAGAGUACAAAAAGAUUUUGAGAAUUCACAAACUUCUUAUGAAGAACUUUUACAAAAUCUAGACCUUAUUGAAAAAGAAAGAGGUAAUCAGCUAGAAAGAUAUACAGAACAUUUAAAUAGUAUGUUAGAAAACAUCGAAACAGUGAAAAAUACACACACACAAGAUGUUAACAGCUUAAAACAAAUCAUCGCAGAGUUGAAUAAGCAAAUGAAUGCAUUAGCUAAUACUUUGGAGGAAGCUACUACAUCAAGAGAUGAGUUGUCAGAAAAAUUAACAAAAUGUCAAGAAGAAUGUAACGCUUUCCUUGUAACAAAUAACGAUCUUGAAAAUCAGUUAAGAGAAGCUUUAAAUAACAACGAAGAUAUUAAGAAAUGUUCGGAAAAUAUUUUAUCAGAGAAACAUAACAUAAGCGAAGAAUUGAAAAACACAAAUGCAAAGUUCCAUGAUUUGGAAGUGGUGCAUGAAAAUCUGCGAGUAGAAAAUAAUACCUUACGUGACAGUAUAACUGCCCUUAGAUCAGACAAUAGUCAACUUUCUGAGAAACUAGCUAAAGUAACGGAACAUUUAGAGUCGGCUAUUGAAGAUUUUUCCACCGAAAACAAACUAAUAACAGAAAAACUUAAUGAAAAAGCAGAAGUUCUUCAAAAUGCGAUCUUGGAAAAAGAUACCUUAACAGAAAAACUUACUGAGAAAGAAGAAAUCCUCGAAAAAAUAAUUUUGGAAAAAAAUACCUUGGCAGAACAAUUUAAUGAAAAAGAAGACAUGCUCGAAAAAUUCAUUUCGGAAAAAGAUAGCUUAACAGAAAAUCUUAAUGAGAAGGAAGAAUUCAUCAAAAAAGUAUUUGUGGAAAGAGAUAGCUUGACAGAAAAACUUAAUGAGAAAGAAGAAAUCAUCAAAAAAAUCAUUUUGGAAAAAGAUAUGUCAACAGAAAAACUUAAUGAGAAAGAAAAAAUCUUCGAAAAAAUUAUUUUGGAAAAAGAUACAUUAACAGAAAAACUUACUGAGAAAGAAGAAAUCCUUGAAAAAGUGAUUUUGGAAAAAAAUAUGUUAACAGAAAAACUUACUGAGAAAAGAGACAUCCUCGAAAAAAUAAUUUUGGAAAAAGAUAGCUUAACCGAAAAAGUAGCAGCUCUAGAAAACGAAUUAAUAUCCAAAAACCAAACAACGUUAGAAGAAGAAACAAAAUUUGAAUGUGCGAUACUUGAGCAGAUGGAAGUUGCCAAGCAGCUUCAGUCAGAGAAUGUAACAUUAACUGACAAAUUAGCUACAUUAAUAAUCGAGAAUGAAACAACCUCUGCCAAACUCAAUGAGUGUACAGAAAAUAUUUCUGAAAUGUCUGCCUCUUUGAAAACGACACUAGAAGAAAAAGACAGUAUUUUCAACAGUUAUAAAGAUGCAGAAGACAAGUUGAUUGUAGCACGUAAAGAAGUAGAUACUGUCACAGUAGAAUUGAAUAAAGUAAUCCAGGAACUUAACCAAUGCCAGCUAAAUAAAGAAGAAAGCAUACUUGAGCAGAUGGAAGUUGCCAAGCAGCUGCAGGCAGAGAAUGUAAAGUUAUCAGAUAAAUUAGCUGUAUUAACAGUCGAGAACGAAACAACCUCUGCCAAACUCAAUGAGUGUACAGAAAAGAUUUCUGAAAUAACUGCCUCUUUGAAAACGACACUAGAAGAAAAAGACAGUAUUUUCAACAGUUAUAAAGAUGCCGAAGACAAGUUGACUGUAGCACGUAAAGAAGUAGAUACCAUCACCGUAGAAUUGAAUAAAGUAACCCAGGAACUUAACCAAUGCCAGCUAAAUAAAGAAGAAAGCAUACUUGAGCAGAUGGAAAUUGCCAAGCAGCUACAGUCAGAGAAUGUAACGUUAACUGAAAAAUUAGCUGCAUUAAUAAUCGAGAAUGAAACAACAUCUGCCAAGUUCAAUGAGUGUACAGAAAAUAUUUCUGAAAUAACUGCCUCUUUGAAAACGACACUAGAAGAAAAAGACAGUAUUUUCAACAGUUAUAAAGAUGCUGAAGACAAGUUGACUGUAGCACGUAAAGAAGUAGAUACCAUCACCGUAGAAUUGAAUAAAGUAACCCAGGAACUUAACCAAUGCCAGCUAAAUAAAGAAGAAAGCAUACUUGAGCAGAUGGAAAUUGCCAAGCAGCUACAGUCAGAGAAUGUAACGUUAACUGAAAAAUUAGCUGCAUUAAUAAUCGAGAAUGAAACAACAUCUGCCAAGUUCAAUGAGUGUACAGAAAAUAUUUCUGAAAUGUCUGCCUCUUUGAAAACGACACUAGAAGAAAAAGACAGUAUUUUCAACAGUUAUAAAGAUGCAGAAGACAAGUUGAUUGUAGCACGUAAAGAAGUAGAUACCGUCACAUUAGAAUUGAAUAAAGUAAUCCAGGAACUUAACCAAUGCCAGCUAAAUAAAGAAGAAAGCAUACUUGAGCAGAUGGAAGUUGCCAAGCAGCUGCAGGCAGAGAAUGUAAAGUUAUCAGAUAAAUUAGCUGUAUUAACAAUCGAGAACGAAACAACCUAUGCCAAACUCAAUGAGUGUACAGAAAAGAUUUCUGAAAUAACUGCCUCUUUGAAAACGACACUAGAAGAAAAAGACAGUAUUUUCAACAGUUAUAAAGAUGCCGAAGACAAGUUGACUGUAGCACGUAAAGAAGUAGAUACCAUCACCGUAGAAUUGAAUAAAGUAACCCAGGAACUUAACCAAUGCCAGCUAAAUAAAGAAGAAAGCAUACUUGAGCAGAUGGAAAUUGCCAAGCAGCUACAGUCAGAGAAUGUAACGUUAACUGAAAAAUUAGCUGCAUUAAUAAUCGAGAACGAAACAACAUCUGCCAAGUUCAAUGAGUGUACAGAAAAAAAUUCUGAAAUAUCUGCCUCUUUGAAAAAGACACUAGAAGAAAACGACAGUAUUUCCAACAAUUAUAAAGAUGCCGAAGACAAGAUGGUUGUAGCAUGUAAAGAAGUAGAUACCAUCACAGUUGAAUUGAAUAGAGUAACCCAGGAACUUAACCAAUGCCAGCUAAAUAAAGAAGAAGAAAUACGAAACCUAAAAUUGGACAUCACAAGAUUAACAACAGAAAAAGUACAACUUGAUGAUACCAUUAAGAAGGUUAUUGAAGAAAAAUCAGUGAUAUCGAAAUUUUUCGACCUAAAUAACAACGAGCUGCAAAAUAUUCAACAAAAGCAUGACGAGCUCUUAGAAGCAUUACAAGAAAGUAACAGGAUAGUGGGCAAUUUACAGGAAGAAAGGGGACAACUACUAGCAGAGAUUGAAAAUUUAACCAAAGUGAAAAACGAAUUUUCGGAACAGUUAGAUAGAGUCUCCCAAGAAAAUGUUGAUGCAACUGAGAAAAUUCAAAGUUUGUUAAAGAAAAAUUUCGAAACAUCCGAAGAAUGCAAAAGUUUAAAUGAAAAAAUUGAUCAGUUAACAGGGGAAAAUGCUGAUAUGCUGGGUACCUUUACAACCCUAUCUCACGAUUUGGACGAAAAAAUUAGAAAUGAGGCGAUUCUAGAAUCAGCUUGUGAAACUCUUCGAGCACAAUUAGACGAAAAAUCUGAAAUCUUGGACAAACUAUCAGAAGAACAUAAAGACAUAUUUGAUAUUGUAGAUAAACUUUCUCAAGAAAUAAUGGAUAAUAAGAAAACCAUCGAUUUGCUUUCUGCAGAGAAGAUGCAACUGACGCAACAAGUUAGCGAUCUUCUGAAUCAAAUACAAGAUUUAAUACAAGAAAAAAAUAAACUGAUUGAAUGCGUGGACCUAACGACUAAAGAACUUCAAAAAGUAAAGAAAGACAGAAACGAGAUACUUGAAGGGCAAACCAAAAUUAUGAAGGAAACUCAAAGUAAUUUGAUCCUAGCUCAUCAGAGCUCCGUGGAGAUCAAAAAUGAUCUGAUGAAGAGAAUAGAAAUGGCUGAAACAGAGAAAGAAAUAUUACGUAAGCAAGUAGAAGAAGAUACUAAAAAAAUACAAGAUACCUAUAUGUCCGUAAUGACUACUAACUCAAAAUUGGAGCUAGAAAUUAUUAAUUUAAGGAAGAAAAUCGAAGAUAAAAAUCAAAAACUGAACGAAUAUGUACAAAUUAAGGAAGCCUAUGAAAAACUCUUGGAAGAGAAUAGUAGGCUUAUGACAGAGGUGGAUACGAUAAAAUACAAGAGAUCUAGGGAUAGAGAAGAAUUUGUCAAUUUAUUGAAAAAAGAAAGGGAAGACGCAACUGCCAGAGAAAGCAAGAGAGUGAAAGAAGUCCGAAAUGAAUAUGAAGGAAAACUUGAAAAAAUGAAGGAGAAAAUGCUAAAAUUAUACAGAGUAGAAGUUGGAAAACAGAUGAUGAAAGUGAAUGCAGAGCAAAGUGAAACCGUAUGCUUUGUAAAAACAAUAGAAGACCUCCGCAACGACUUGUUCGAAGCGCAACAAAAAUUGCACAUGCUGGAAACAGAAAGGGAUAUGUUGCGAAUCAACGAAGCUCAAAUGAACAGAAACGUUCAAGCUUCUAGAGAAUCUUUACGGUCGAUACCCGAUGCCCGCGACUCAAUUAGAAGCAGCGUCACAUCGUUGCGUUCGAUUGGUACAAAGAACCGGAUGGAAACGGUGCAAAUGGUCCAACGAGGAAAGAGUACUAGCACUUCUGUGCUGCCAAGGCAAAACAGAGAAGUGGAAAGGAAGACAGUAACAUUGCCUAGAAGGGUAGCAGAACUACAAGAAACUGUUACCAUCUCGAGAAGAACGUCGCUGACUAAUGUUCCUAGUAUGCCAAUGGAAGAUGAAGAUGAUGACUUCAAUAAUAAAUAUUUAGCCGAUUUAAAGGCGGGGCAUUGUGUGAUAGGUGAUAGUGUAAAAGAAUCGAACGUUAGAUUUUCUGAAUUAGCUUGGAGAAAUUCGCUGGUGCCGCCACAUUUAAAAUCUUCAUAUCCGCUUGAAACGCAGUUUGCUAGCCCCUCCAAAUUUAAGGAUGACGAAUUGAAGGUUGGUAACAUUUGCCUCGAUGAUAGUUUAAGUAAACUUCUUCCGGGAGAAAAACCUCGACAAAAGAAAGACUUCGGAACAACAGCAUAUAAAAAGCCCGGUCCUCCAACACCCAGCAAAAAUGGGGGUAGGUUAUCUCUACAAGGAAACGAAAUACAGCCAUUGCCUUUAAGGGAGCAAAACGAAAAAACCCCCACGAAGAAAGUUCCCACACCUAGUAGAAUUAGAGCACUUUUCGGAAUAAGUAAUAGCCGGGAUAACUCAGAGAAUCGUGCUGUGACCCCAAGGACGAAACAAAGGUUGCUUAUUUUCCGCAAGCAGCGAUAAUAUUAGUACAUAUUAUAUUUAUAGUUUUAACCCUGUACUUUUCUGUCAGUAUUUUUUUUUAAUUUUAUAUGUUUGUAUAAAUUUUUCUAACAAUGCUUUUAAUAUAUUUUCUAAUAGACUGUUUUUAAAUAA